ACAAUCAAACGACUUGUCAUAAACCCACCAUGACCACCGCCACCACAAUCAAUGACUUGCCGGACGCCAUACUCUCGACCAUAAUCGGGAUGGUAUCCGGCACCCGAACCCGGAACUCCCUCUCCCUCGCGUGCCGCAAAUUCCGGAGCACGGAGAGGGCCACGCGCACCUCCCUCACACUACGGGGAAACGCGCGCGACCUCCCCGACCUCCCGCUCUGCUUCGCCGCCGUCACCCACCUCGACCUCUCCCUCCUCUCUCCGUGGGGCCACUCUCUGCUCUCACCCUCCGCCGCCGCCAAUGACACCGACCCUCUCCUCCUGGCCCAACGCCUACGUGCCGCCUUCCCAUUCGUGGACUCCCUCAUCGUCUACUCCCGAUCUCCUUCCACCGUCCAGAUCGUCUCCCAUCUGUGGCCCGGAUUGCGCCGCGUCAAGCUUGUCCGAUGGCAUCAACGGCCACAAUCGCCCCCCGGCGCCGACUUCGAUCCUCUCUUCGACCAAUGCCACUCGCUCUCCGAGCUCGACCUGUCGGAAUUCUACUACUGGACGGAGGACCUCCCCCCGGUCCUCGAGGCCCACCCGAACGUGGCCCGAUCUCUCACCAAGCUGGAUCUCCUGACGACGUCGUUUACCGAGGGGUUCAGAGCGAACGAGAUCAAAUCCAUCGUCACCGCCUGCCCUAAGCUCCAGCAUCUUCUCAUCGCGUGUAUGUUCGAUCCCCGAUACAUAGGCUUCGUCGGCGAGGAGGCUCUGCUGUCGAUCUCCGCUAACUGCCCGGAGCUCAAAGUCGUCCAUUUGAUCGAUACGUCAUCGUUGGCCAACGCCCGCGGCGAUCCAAACGACGACGGAUUUACGUCGGAGGACGCGCGGAUUGGGCGCGCGGCUUUGGUGGAUUUCUUCUCGGGGCUUCCGCUGUUGGAGGACCUGGCGUUGGAUGUGUGCAAGAACGUGAGAGACAGUGGGUUGGCGUUGGAAGUGCUUGGGUCGAAGUGUCCCAGGCUGAGGGCUCUCAAGCUUGGGCAGUUUCAUGGGAUUUGCUCUGCGAUUGGGUCCGAGCUAGACGGCAUUGCGUUGUGUUCAGGGCUGGAGUCGUUGUCGAUCAAGAACUCGGCUGAUUUGACGGAUAUGGGGUUGAUUGAGAUCGCUAGAGGGUGCUGCAAAUUGGCCAAGUUUGAGGUUCAGGGAUGUAAGAGAAUCACGGUGAAGGGGCUGAGGACGAUGGCUUGCUUGUUAAGGAAGACUCUGGUUGAUGUUGGGAUCUCUUGUUGCAAAAACUUGGAUGCUGCUGCUUCUUUGCGGGCUUUGGAGCCGAUUCGUGAUCGGAUUCAAAGGCUCCACAUUGAUUGUGUUUGGGAGCAGGAGGAUGAGCAUGCCCGCAAUUUUGAUCUCAAUCAAGUGAAUGAUCAAGAAGAUGUUAAUAGUGAAGCCAGUGUGUUGAAUCGGAAUGGGGAGGAUGCUGAUUACAUGGAGUUGAAUUGGGCGGCUGAGUAUGAGCACAGAAGCAGCAAGAAAUGCAAGUUGGGGUUGGAUGGGGACUGUUCCUAUAUGCCACCAAGCAAUGGAUAUGGCUAUGGCAAUGGAAAUGGGUUUUGGUGUGGUGAGAGCUGGGAGAGGUUGCAUUAUCUUUCACUUUGGAUUGGGGUUGGUGAGCUGCUGACCCCGUUGCCAACGGCUGGUCUCGAUGACUGUCCCAAUCUGGAGGAGAUUCGGAUCCGGGUAGAAGGGGAUUGCAGGGGAAGGCAGAAACCCACACAACGAGAUUUUGGGUUGAGCUGCCUCGCCGGCUAUCCUCUGCUGUCCAAGAUGAAGUUGGAUUGUGGUGAUACAGUUGGCUAUGCACUUACUGCACCCCCGGGGCAGAUGGACCUGAGUCUUUGGGAGAGGUUCUUCCUGAGUGGGAUUGAAAGCUUGAGCCUCAGUGAACUCGAUUACUGGCCCCCGCAGGAUCGGGACGUAAACCAGAGGAGUCUUUGGCUUCCGGCCGCUGGGUUGCUGUCAGAAUGCCUGACAUUGCGGAAGCUUUUCAUCCAUGGCACGGCACAUGAGCAUUUCAUGAUGUUCCUGGUGAGAAUUCCAAGCUUGAACUGCAACUUGAGGGAUGUGCAGCUGAGGGAGGAUUACUAUCCGGCACCAGAAAACGAAAUGAGUACAGAGAUGAGGGUGGAUUCGUGCCGUCGCUUUGAAAAAGCACUCAACAGGCGGCCUAUCCUUGACUGAAGAUGAAACUAAUGUGAUUAAGAAAAAAAAUAGUUGUAAGAGGAAUAUAACAGAAGUAACAAGAAUAAAAGCCAAAAUCCAAGCUUCUCAACAAACUCAUUUGUUUUUUGAUUGCACAAAAAAGCGGAGUCGCAGCAACAUUGGAGGAAGAUGCGAAACGGAGAACAUAAAAAGUAAAAAAAAAA